AUGGACGAGUCGUCGCUGCUGGACCUGCUGGAGUGCUCCGUGUGCCUGGAGCGGCUGGACACCACGGCCAAGGUGCUGCCGUGCCAGCACACCUUCUGCCGCCGCUGCCUGGAGAGCAUCGUCAGCUCCCGGCACGAGCUGCGCUGCCCCGAGUGCCGCAUCCUGGUGGGCUGCGGCGUGGACGAGCUGCCCGCCAACAUCCUCCUCGUCCGCCUCCUGGACGGCAUCCGACAGCGGCCCCGCGCCGCCGGGGGCGCCAGCGGCAGCCCCAACGCCGCGGCCCCCGCGUACCCCCAGCCCGCCGCCGCCCCCAGCGCCGUCGCCGCCGCCGCCGCCUCGGCCGCCGCCAGCCUGCGGGAGCUGGCGGCCGCCAGCCGCAGCGCCCUGCUGGGAAAGAGUGCUUCUCAGCUUCCCUACGGCAAAGCUCUCUAUACGUAUGAGGGAAAAGAGCCCGGCGACCUCAAGUUUAACAAAGGGGACAUCAUCAUCCUGCGGCGGAAGGUGGAUGAGAACUGGUACCACGGGGAGCUCAAUGGCAACCACGGCUUCUUCCCCGCCAGCUACAUCCAGUGCAUCAAGCCCCUCCCGCAAGCUCCACCUCAGGGCAAAGCACUUUACGACUUUGAAAUAAAGGAUAAAGACCAAGACAAGGAUUGCCUGACCUUCACCAAGGAUGAAAUCUUGACGGUCAUCAGGAGGGUAGAUGACAACUGGGCAGAAGGAAUGCUGGGCGACAAGAUUGGCAUUUUCCCUAUCCUCUAUGUUGAGCUCAAUGACUCCGCCAAGCAGCUCAUCGAGAUGGACAAGACGUGCUCAGCAGCCGCUGCCGGCUGCGAGGCGCCACCAGAUCCAGCCGCAGCAGUGGGUCUGGGGCCGUGUCCCGCCCCGAGCGGCGCGGGGGCGGUGGUGGCAGCCCCGCGGCAGGUGGAGGGCAAGAAGAACGCCAAGAAGCGGCACUCCUUCACCGCCCUCAGCAUGACCCACAAGUCCUCCCAGGCCGCCAGCAACCGGCACUCCAUGGAGAUCAGCGCCCCCGUCCUCAUCAGCUCCAGCGACCCACGGGCGGCCGCCAGGAUCGGGGACCUGGCCCACCUCUCCUCCAGCGCGCCCGCCCAGGAUUCCUCUUCGAUUGGAACAGUGGCUGGUCCCAGGACAAGUGCAAUAAUUGGAGAUCAGGGAAUACCACCGAAGGUCCAGCUACCCCUCAAUAUCUACCUGGCCCUGUACGCCUACAAGCCUCAGAAGAACGACGAGCUGGAGCUCCGCAAAGGCGAGAUGUACCGGGUCAUUGAGAAGUGCCAGGACGGCUGGUUCAAGGGCACGUCCCUGAGGAGCGGCAUGUCCGGGGUCUUCCCGGGGAACUACGUGACACCUGUUUCCAGGGUGCCGGUGGGAGCUGGGCAGUCCAGGGCUGGCGGAGCUGGGGGAGCUCAGGCAGCAAAAGGAGCUCCCGGAGCCAUGCACCCCGGUGGGGCCACUCAUACUGCCGCCGCCGCCACGGCUGUCAGGCCGGUCGUUCCCAUCACGGCGCCUCAGACGCAUCCCCAGCUCCAGGCGGCCUCUCCGCAGCUGAACAACUGCUUGAGGUAUUCAGCCCAGCAGCCGGCCGGCCAGGCCCGCAACGCCAUGCAGUUGGCUCACCCACCGGCACCAGCCCCGGAGCGUCCCACCGCCACGGUCUCGCCACUACGGACACCCAGCUCGCCCUCCCGCCUGCCGGCCGCCACCAUCCGGCCUCACCCUACUGUCUCCCCACAGCACGGCCACCAGCCGCCCGCCCCGGGGGCCCGGCCCCUCAUCCCCCUCACCUCCGCCGCCGCCGCCAUCACACCGCCCAAUGUCAGCGCAGCCCACCUCAAUGGCGAGGUGGGUGGUGGGCCCUUGGGUGGCCCUGCCAGCCCCAGCCCUGCCGGCAAGGCUGAAGAGAGGAAGAACGAGAAGAAGGAGAAGAAGAGCGGGCUGCUGAAGCUGCUAGCAGGAGCAUCAACGAAAAAGAAGUCACGCUCCCCACCAUCCGUGUCCCCCACGCAUGACCCCCAGGCGGCCAUCGAAGGGGUCCUACAAGGGGCAGUGGGACCCGAGCUCUCCUCCCUCUCCAGCCACGGCAGGGCCGGCUCGUGCCCUAUCGAGAGCGAAAUGCAGGGAGCCAUGGGGCUGGAGCCUCUGCACAGAAAAACAGGCUCCUUGGAUUUGAAUUUUUCCAUCCCUUCUCCUGCCAGGCAGCCCCUCUCUUCCAUGGCAGCUAUUCGGCCAGAGCCCAAGCCUUUGCCUCGGGAAAGGUACCGCGUUGUGGUUCCCUACCCGCCGCAGAGCGAGGCGGAGAUCGAACUGAAGGAAGGAGACAUUGUGUUUGUGCACAAGAAGCGGGAGGACGGCUGGUACAAAGGGACGCUACAGAGGAAUGGCAGGACGGGCCUCUUCCCCGGGAGCUUCGUAGAGAGCUUCUGAGGACGGAGCACCGCUCUCUGGACUGGAGGAGCUUUCAGGGGAAACUGCAUAGCACAAGAAGAGACAGCAAAGGGAAACUGGACUGAUAACCACUGCCAUUUUUAUUUCCAAAGACUCCCCCAGGCCCUUCAGUCUACAGCUCUGGAGACGCAGCGCCCCGCUGUGCUUCUGAACCUGCGCGCGGUGCAUACAGUGGUAUGUUGAAGUAGUGCCUUCCACCUGGAAUCACAGACUGAAAGGACGCCCAUUCGGACUGUACGUAACCUGAACUCCGGCUGUUAUCCCUUUGUGUAAAUUAUAGAGAAAAUAUCUUUAAAAAAAAAAAAAAAAAAAGAAGUUAAGAGGAAAGUUGUUAUAUUGCUGUAACUUAUUUGUCAGAGCUGCAGUGUUCUUAUUACUGGCCUAUGCAAGAUGGAUUUGAGAGUUCACGGAGGUGUGCUAGGAAGCUCCUAAACUGGGAUUUUGUUUUUCCUGAUGGAAGAAGAGGGAGGGGAGGGUGGAGAAAAAAGAAAAAAAAAACACGACUAAAGAUUUGCGCGUCGUCAUGCAAGAAAGAAGGAGGAGUCCAAAACGUUAACGUCAUGCUUUCUAUAUACCUCAAAGAUAUGCUGCGUGAGUUUGUCAGUAAGUGUGUCAGUGCUCAGAGUCCCGUAUCAUCCGAUGUGUCCCAGCCUUCGUGCCGGGGAAAUCCUGGAGGAAGUUCGGCUCCACCAUUAAACUGUGGUUAUUCAAGCAGAAUCCCUUUUGCCUGUCUUCUGCCCUUAUUAUAUGCAGCAUGGAGUUUUGUCCUUCCGUAUCACUUUCCAUUGCUUUUUUGUAUGACGUACCUUUUUACUGUAAGAAUUGUUAUACUUUAUAUAUAUUCCUACUAGAUCAGACAUUUCCUCUUUUUCAUACAUCUGGUGCUAUUUUUUUUAAUUGUUAAAGAUUCGGUUUGGUUAAACAGAGAGGCUGCAACAAAGUUUGCAUUCAACAUACAAAAUCAGAAGUGUACCUGAAGAUUGAGAUCAGACUAUUUGUUCAUGCUUCAUAGAGGAAAAGAGAAAAAGCUGCUUGGUCACUGAUAAAUAUACCUGAGGAGCGUGCCUGUGCAAUACGCACACGCUCACUCUCUCUUGCAUAUUUAUAGUGUCUGAAGACCCACGCUGAAGCACAGCAUCCUGUCUGGAGAGUGAUAAUUACUCCAGAAUUGGAAGCAAUUCCCGGAGGAGUCAUUUUAAUUGACUUUUUCAUGGCAAUAAGAAGAACACUGCAGGUUCUAGCAUGCGCAGGGACCUUGGAGUUUUCCUCUGUUGUUGCAUCAUGGAGAUGAGAGCUGAUCUGCGACGGCUGUAAUUAGCAUUACUGAAACACGAUUUCUUACUGUAGAAAUGUACAGUUUUUGGAGACUGUUCAAUUUCUUAACACAGUCAAGCUACAAUACAAAACAUAUCAGGCAAUAUGAGCUUCCAUCUACCAGGGACUUAAAGGUGCAAUAAAUGUAAAGCGAGUUUAGUCAGUUAUUCCUAUGAAGCGGAAUGAGAAAAAUUCAAUAAUGUAAUUGUGAGAGUAUUUAAAAAGAAAUCAGCUCUUGGUGAAUGAAAUGUGAUGAAAGAAUUUUCUUAGCUGUAUCUGUACCUUGCCUUUCCCGGCGGCUGGCUCUUCGCCAAAGCCAACAUGUGGUGGUCAUUUAAAAGCAUGUUGGAGGCACUGUAACCUGGAGAUGAUCUUAUUAAAAGGAAGAGGCCCAGUGGGUGAUCAUCAUUACUACGUUGCCAGUAUUUCAUAUGUGAAGGUGUAAGUUUUUUUUCAUUCAAGCCGUGUAUACUAGUACAUAUCAAAAACGUGUAAGUGAACGUUCCUAUUUAAGUUCAGCUCUGUGACUUUGUUCUCUGUAAAAUAAGUUUCUUCUUGCUGUCACACGUUAACAAACAGAUUCCAGAAACACAGUCCAUGGCCAAGUAUAGCACCUUCGAACAGGGAGGCAUUAUUUUCAGGAUGUUUCUUUUUAUAUUCAACGUUGCCGCAUUUGUUCGUAUUCCAGAUUGUAAUGAGUCAGCCACUAAAAGUUUAGUUACUGUUGAGAGGAAAUUGCCUUUUCAUAACCAAUAAGAGAUUGAAGAAAUGUCUUCUGGAAAGACUUGUUUGAGAAUAGAGCCAUAUCAGUCCAUUUAUUUGGUCCAAAUCAGAAUUGGUAUCGCUGCACCUCAAACAGGAAACUGCACAGUUAGCAAGUUGGAAAUGCCAAAAUGCGUGUUAUCGAUUCCAAUAAAAAUUCUGGGUUAGCUCUGUCAGAGACGAGGAGAUUUUUCUGACAACUUACAGUGGUUAAAGUUCUUUUAAAAUUCUGUUCCAUGGGUGUAUUUACUACACGCAGAAAAACAGAACAGGAUGACGGCUUGGUUGCUGCCUAUUGUGUUUAGCCAGAUCUAAAAUGGUUCCAGAUUUCCACCUUUUAACGCUUAACUCUAACAGGACAAAAGUUGGUAUGUGAAAAGAUAAAGGGAAACACGCAGAUGUUGUGUCAUGAAACCAGUGCUUUAAUAUAUAUUCUGCAGGGAGGAUGGUGUUUCUUUUAAUGGACAACAACCCUUCCAGUCAUACCUCCUGCAAGGAAAGAUAGUUGGGGAGGGGGGAUCUGUUUUGAUCACAGCUGUUUUCUGGCCCCUGUUUACUGCUUAGCAUCACACUUCGGGUUAUUGAGUAAUCUUCUUGGACAAAUCACCUCCAUGCAGGGAGCACAAGUGCAGAACAAAAUACAGAUCAGUGAUACGGAAACGUGACCCAGUGCCAUUUGGAAAGUCCUGGGCUGGGAGAGGUUUGACUUGUACUGUGGUCUAAUUUCUACCUGUCUUACAAGGGAAAGGGGAAGGAGAUUUGUGUCUCCUACAACAGGGAGAGAAAGGAGAAGAAUCCUUAUGGUGGCCUCAGUUUGUAAAAUGCCAGGUUUGCUGUUCUAGAAGUGGGUUCAAGUAAUUGAACAAAUUGUUUGGACUUUGCACAGCUCAGAAAAUGCUUUGUUAUACAUGAACGUUAAUGUGGUUUAGGAAAUGUUGGCGAAUAUGAGUACAAAUGAACUACAAUGACUGUGUUUCUGAUUCUUUAAAUAAAAUAAACAUUAAGGCAAC